GUCAUACCGAGCCAUAUAUUUUCUUCUGAGAGCUAAAACAACCAAAAAUACCUAAAUCUUAAAACCCAAAUAUACAGAAGUCUAUCUCUUCCAUGGGCAGAUCAAGAGUGACCAGGUUUCUGCCGAGCAAUCACCAGGAAAGCGGCGGAGGUGGAGGCUGCUCCGGAAGCGCGAGUCUUGAUGAUGUGGAGUUUGAGUUUCUCGGGGAUGGCGGAGAUUCAUUGGCUGCAGCUGCAAGCAGAGAUGAAAGAUGGGACUCAAAUGAAAUGGAGUUAGAUGAAGAUGAUGAUGAUGACGUGGACAAAAAAGGAUUUGAGCACAACAAGAGCUUCUGGGAUGACCAACACCAACUUUUGCAGGCUACACUGUGUAGAAGUAGUAGUGUGGAAUCAAGAAUAAGAAACGCUACGAAAGAAGCACUUAAGGAGAUACAAAGCUUGGAGCCUCCUUGUGGCUGCGAAGACCAUCACAAAGCAGCAAACGUCUUCUCCAUCUGCAAGAAGUGCUCAUUGAGACGACUUUCAAGUCGUCUUCACAGUUAUGGCUUUAACACUGCCAUUUGCAAAACAAAAUGGAGAACUUCGCCACCAGAUAUUCCUUCAGGGGAGCACAAUUUCAUGGAUGUGGUAGACAGCACAAGCUCAAGGAAAGGAGAGCCGAUUAGGGUGAUUGUUGAACUGAAUUUUCGACCCGAGUUUGAGAUGGCAAAGGCGAGUCAAGAGUAUAACCGGCUUGUCCGGCAGCUGCCGGAGGUGUUUGUGGGAAAAGUAGAAAGAUUAAGAACCCUAAUAAAGAUAAUGUGCAUGGCAGCUAAAAGGUGCAUGAAGGAAAAUAAAAUGCAUAUGGGACCAUGGAGGAAGCAAAGGUACAUGCAAUCAAAGUGGUUAGGCCCAUGUGAAAGGAACACUUCAACAGCUUCGUUCUCAAUGUUCUAUUCUGAUAAUGAGAGGAUGAUGCCAAAGACAAAAGUGAAGCCAAUGGCAUCCAUGUUAACCAUAGAUUUGCUAGAGAAACUUCCCAAUUUGCAUUGCACAAUGGUUGAAGUUUCUUAGUAGUAAAUAUGAACUUUGUUUAAUUAGAAACGAUUUAGUGAGCUACUUGUGAGAACAUAUUCAUAUAUAGGUGUUUUUUCAAGUCACAAAA